UUCUGUUUGGACCCAACUCAUUCUUUAGCGAAAACUAUUUGAGAAGCUGUUAUUGUAAAACUACCUUCUGUGCCUCAUCACAUCCGAAAGGCAUUAAGAUUGUGGUGACCGUGGACGUGGACUUGGAUGUGGACAUGGACAUGUCCGCGUACGUGGACGUGAUCUCGGACUCGGAAUCGGAUUCGGAUUCGGAUGCGGAAUCUUCACGCGAUGAAAAUGUAGUUAAUUUUUACAUGUAUGGAGUUCUAGAGUCUGAUAAUAAGAGGAGAAAUUUAUAUCUAAAUGGAUUUUAUUGUACGGCUGAACUAUAUUUGGCUCGACUGGACAUAGAAUUUGAUGUUGAAAAUUCUGAUAUUCAAGACAUCCUUCAUUCUAUGUCUAAUUACUUGAUCGAGCGCGCUUUGUUUUUUUGUUCUGAAAACGUAUUCGAUGGGAAAAAACAAGAAUUUAGGGAGCUGGUAUGUGGAUUGAAGAUUAUGACAGUGGGGGAAGUAUUAUUGAAGAAUAUUGUGCAUAAUUUUGAGUUGGCAGAGGACUUAUGCCCUAUUUGCUUUGGGAAAUUUUGUGAUGAAUCAGUGGUGGCGGUGACAACACCGUGCUCCCAUGUAUUCCAUAGGAGUUGUAUAUUCACUUGGCUAUCAGAGAAGAACAAUUGCCCUAUCUGUAGAAAAAAGGUUGCCUUGCAUGAAUAGUUCUUGUUAUUCUCAUGGCUAUAUUAUCUUUUUUUCUUAUUUGCUACUUUUAGUUUUUAUUUCAUCUUAGCCCUAGGUUGCCAGCUAAGAGCUUUUUCUUAUAAUAGUCAGCCAUGUAUAAACUAUGUUGAAUGAAAACCUGAUUUUUAU